AUGAAAAAGACAAAUUUAACAAUUCUCGCAGAACGUCUUCAGAGACAACUUUUAAAGACUGAACUAGAAAAAUUAUGCCGUCGAUGUGGUUUAUCUUUCACGUCACUAAAUAAAAGUGAAAUUGCGAAAUUAUUAUCACAACAUUUGGUAACAAUUUAUCAAUCAAAUGCGCAAUUGGAAUCGAAUCAUAAAUCUAUAAAUCAUGAACGAUUUGAUAAGUCAACAAUUGAGACUUUUUUACCAAAAUCAAUUAUAUCUAUCGAUAUCGGAGUUAAGAAUUUUGCAUACGCUCAUUUAACUUCGAGUUAUCAAAUAAUAGAAUGGAAAAAAUUAUCGCUGGAUUUAGAUUCCUUUGGCCCAAAAAAUUUUUUCGAAAAGUUACAGCCUAUGGUUCAUAAAAUUUUUUUGUCGAAAGAAGAUGUCGAUGCUUUUAUCAUUGAACGCCAAUUGUUUCAUAGAAGGAUCUCUAUGAACGUUCAAAACGUUAUUACUAUAGAACUAAUGUUAUUUGCACUUUUAAGUGAUAGAGUUAAAAACCCAUUACAAGUACAGAGCAUUUAUCCUUUAAGUGUUUCGAAUUAUUUGAACAGGAUGUUAAAGACCGAAGAACAAAAUUCAGAUUAUAUGGAAAAAUGGUUUCAAAAACAAGGUAGAAAAACAGAAAUACGAAAAUAUUUAGGUAAAAAAGCACUAUCAACAAUGUUGGCUCAAAAUUGGAUAAAUGAUCAUCUACAUCUCUGCUCCGGUGAAUUGGCCAAAUAUUUUCUCGAGUCUAAAAAGAAAGAUGAUCUCGCGGAUUGUCUUCUUCAAGGACUUGUGUAUUUAGGAUCACGUAGGGUUUCAAUAAUGGAAGCACAUAAAUGGCUUCAUGAUCAAGGAUGA